AUGGCCAAACCCCCUGUAAAACCAGCAAACCAGACCAGGCUGGGCUCAGAUUACUUCACCGAAACGGAGACGCAGGAGGACAUCUCAGAGGCGUCUCUCAUCAUCGGUGUGAAAAGGCCCCCGGAGGAAAAGGUGUACCCCCACAAGACCUAUGCCUUCUUCUCUCACACGAUUAAAGCACAAGAGGCAAACAUGGGGCUCCUAGAUGACCUUCUUAAAAAGUACUAUGAAAAAGCAGGGGCUGUUAUCCAGGAGGACAUCUCAGAGGCGUCUCUCAUCAUCGGUGUGAAAAGGCCCCCGGAGGAAAAGGUGUACCCCCACAAGACCUAUGCCUUCUUCUCUCACACGAUUAAAGCACAAGAGGCAAACAUGGGGCUCCUAGAUGACCUUCUUAAAAAGAAAAUUCGACUCAUUGAUUAUGAAAAAAUGGUGGAUGCCAAUGGCUACAGAAUUGUAGCGUUUGGGCAGUGGGCUGGUGUUGCUGGAAUGAUUAACAUUUUACACGGCCUGGGUCUGCGUUUUCUUGCCCUUGGACACCACACCCCAUUUAUGCACAUUGGUAUGGCGCACAACUACAGAAACGUCAGCCAGGCCGUCCAAGCGGUGAGGGAUUGUGGGUAUGAAAUAUCCUUAGGUCUGAUGCCCAAGUCCAUUGGUCCUCUCACAUUUGUGUUCACUGGCACCGGCAAUGUGUCCAAGGGCGCCCAAGACAUUUUCAACGAGCUCCCCUGUGAGUAUGUGGAGCCUCAUGAAUUGAAAGAAGUGUCAGAGAGUGGAGACAUGACCAAAGUGUACGGCACGGUGAUCAGCAGACACCACCACCUGAUAAGAAAAAGCGACAGACUCUAUGACCCCCUGGAGUACGAAAUCCAUCCUGAGCUUUACACAUCUCACUUCAGGGAGACCGCUGUAAUUACAUCCAAUGGGAAGUUGACACCAAAGUUUGAAUACAUCCAGAAACUUCGAGAAAGGAGGGAAUCGGAGCAGAUCUUAAAGAAAGGAGGAAUGAAGCGGGUGCUUUUGCUGGGCUCAGGCUAUGUGUCUGGGCCAGUUAUCGAGUAUCUCACCAGGGACGCUGGCACUCAGGUCACAGUGGCAUCAAAUCUGUUGAAUCAGGCUGAGGACAUGGCAGCCAAGUAUCCCAACACCAUCGCUGUGAUGCUGGACAUCACCCGCCAGGAAGGCCACCUCGAGUCUCUGAUCAAAGACCACGACAUCGUCAUCAGCAUGCUGCCGUAUACGUUUCAUCCACAAGUAGCUAAGCAAUGCAUUAAAAUGAAGGUGAACAUGGUGACCGCCAGUUACUUGAGCCCAGCCAUGAAGGAGCUUCAGAAGAGUGCCGAGGAUGCUGGCAUCACCAUCGUCAAUGAGAUGGGUCUGGACCCUGGCAUUGAUCACAUGUUGGCCAUGGAGUGCAUCGACCAGGCCAAGGCAGACGGUUGCACUGUGGAAUCGUACAGCUCUUUUUGUGGUGGUCUUCCUGCCCCAGAAUGCUCGGACAACCCACUGCGAUACAAGUUCAGCUGGAGUCCGUACGGUGUCCUGCUCAACACCAUCAGUCCAGCCAUCUAUCUGAAAGACAAUCAGGUGAUCAGUGUCCCUCCUGGCGGGGCUCUCCUGGAUGUCACAAAGCCCAUGGACUUCAUUCCUGGUUUCAACCUGGAGGGCUUCCCCAACCGGGACAGCACCAAAUACGCAGAGCCGUAUGGAAUUGAGUCCCCACGCACGCUCAUCAGAGGAACUCUGCGCUUCAGGGGCUUCUCCUCUGCAAUGAGUGGCUUCGUCAAACUGGGACUCAUCAACACUGAGCCCUGUCCACUGCUGGGACACACGGCUUCUCCGGUCUCAUGGAAAGAGCUUCUCUGUAAGCAGAUUGGCUUGUCCACAUCUGUGAGCAGCAGUGUCUUUGAGGAUGCCAUUUAUGAGCGGAUCGGACGGGACGACUUCAGAAUGCAGAGUCUCAGAUGGCUCGGGUUGCUCAGUGAAGAGCCGGUUCCUCACGCCGAAACCAUCUUAGCAGCAGUUGCUAAGCAUCUGGAGGCUAAACUGUCUUUCGCUAAAGGCGAGCGCGAUAUGGUCAUCAUGAGGAACGACGUCGGAAUCAGACACCCAACUGGCGAGCUGGAGACCAAACACAUCAGCCUGGUGGUUUACGGGGAUCCCAAUGGAUACUCAGCCAUGGCUAAAACCGUGGGCUACCCAGCAGCCAUUGCAGUUCGUAUGGUGCUCAACGGUGAACUGACCACUAAAGGACUCGUGGUGCCGAUGACGAAGAACAUCUACAGUCCGGUGCUGAAGAGACUGCAGGAGGAGGGUCUCCAGUGCAUCACCAAGAGCACCAUAUCAGAGUAACCACACACCUUAAGAUCUCAAAACUCAUUUCUGUGCCACAUGUGUGUAAUAAAACCCAAACAUCCAUUACCGCACAUAUUCCACAAUGAACGCUUGCAGAUCUUCAGAGUGAUCCAACGGUUAGUACUUGUUUCCAAACUUAAAUCUAAAAGUAGAUUUACACAGUCUGUAGUUGUUUGUAUUAGUUGACAAUGGGUGUUCAUUUUUAUCAGUGUCGUCAUAAAUUGGGAGUGUAAAUAAACCCCCACAAAGCACUUUGACACAGAACCGUCCCGUUUCCACUUCCUGGCAUUGAAAAUGAACUUUAUACACCGUCAGUAUUUUCUUACCCUUGUAUGAAAACAUGAACUUCUUUCUCAGUUGAGUUCUAAACAAGCAGUAGCAUCAUAUUAAUGCAAAACAUUGUCAUGUUGAGUACUACUGAUAAAAUGAUCCAUUUUCUGUAAGACUUUAACAUCGUCAACUGAAUAAUUCUUAAAUGUGAAAACUUGGCACUGUAGUGAAUUGUUUCAAAAAAAAAAAUUCACAUUAUAAAUGUGAAUUAGCAUAAAAAUCAUUUCUAAACCAUUUUAAGCAUAACAUGUCCAAAGAGUUUUUAAAA